AUGGCAACUGCUCUGUGUAAUUACAAAUUUCCUCAGAUCACAUAUGGGUCAGCUCCACUGAUGAAUAAGGAAAUAGAAGCACAUUUUGUCAAAUGGAUGUUUCCAGAUGAGAUGCACCAACUUAAAGGAAUACUAUACUUACUGUUGCAUUUUGGAUGGACCUGGGUUGGGUUGAUUUCUCUGUAUGAAGAAGAUAGAGAGAGGUUUAUUCAAAACAGUGUUUCUAUCUUUACAGAGAGAGGAAUCUGCUUUGGCUUUAUAGAAAGCAUACCCAAAAUAAUGUAUGGUAAUAAAGCUGCUGAGAUGGUAAAAGAGGCAGAUAAAUUGUACAAAGUCAUAAUAGAGAGUAGAGCCAUUGCAGUGAUCUUGAAUGCUGAAAUUACAGCUGUGGUAACUUUGAGAACUAUUAUUUAUGUUUUGGAUUCCGAUGAUAUUCCAAAAGAGAGAAAAGCCAAAGUUUGGAUUAUGACAGCCCAGGUGGCAUUCACCUCCAUUCUUAUGCAAAGACCGUUGCCCAUCGAUUUUCUCCAUGGUGCACUUUCCUUUGCAAUUCACUCGAAGGAACUGACAGGGUUCCGUGAAUUUAUGCAGAAAAGAAACCCUAACCUAGAAAAAGGAGAUGGCUUUAUUAGAGACUUUUGGAAAGAUGUAUUUGAAUGUUCACUCUCCAAUGAUAUUACAGAUGGGAAUGCUAACAGGAUCUGCACAGGAGAAGAGAAGCUGGACACUCUGUCUCAAUCUGUAUUUGAAAUGAGCAUGACUGGCCACAGCUACAGCAUUUACAAUGCUGUCUAUGCUGUGGCACAUGCUCUGAAGGCCAUGCACUUCUCCAAGCUAAAAAAAAUUAGAAUCAUUGAUGAGAACAGAUUCUUUCCAUCACCAUGGCAGUUUCACCAUUUUCUGCAGCAGGUCUCCUUUAACAACACUGCUGGGGAAAAGGUUUCUUUUGGUCCCAAUGGGGAGUUACUAACUGGAUUUGAUAUUCUAAAUUGGAUCACAUUUCCAAACAAAUCCUUUCUGAGAGUCCAGAUUGGCAAGAUUGACCCCAUGGCUCCCCUAGAAAGGUUUCUCACCAUUUCUGCCAAGGAUGCUGUUUGGCCCGUCAUAUUUAACCAGACGUUGCCUCUUUCCAUCUGUAAUGAGAAAUGUCCUCUUGGCCACAGCAAGAUAAAAGUGGAAGGGAAAUUAUCUUGCUGUUAUGACUGUCGACGGUGUCCGGAAGGGAAGAUAGCUGACCAAAUGGAUUUAGAUGAUUGCUUUCCAUGUCCAGAAGAUCAUUAUCCAAACACAGAUCGAAAUAGUUGUCUUCAAAAAGCAAUAACUUACUUGACUUAUCAAGAGCCCUUGGGCAUUUAUUUGCUGGUCAUAGCAGUCUCCUUAUCUUUCAUCUCAGCUUUAGUACUGGGGAUCUUUAUUAAACACCAAGACACCCCCAUUGUCAAAGCCAACAACAGGAACCUCACCUACAUUCUUCUCAUUGCUCUCCUCCUUUCCUUCCUUUGCACUUUGCUCUUCAUAGGGCAACCUGACCAAGUAAAAUGUCUCAUGCGACAAACUGCUUUUGGCCUAAUCUUCUCUGUAGCUCUUUCUUGUAUAUUGGGGAAAACAACCAUUGUGGUUCUUGCUUUCAUGGCCACCAAGCCAGGUUCGAAAAUCAGGAAAUGGGUGGGGAAAAGGAUGGCUAUUUCUAUUGUCCUACCUUGCUCCCUGGUACAAUUCACCAUUUGUGUAGUUUGGUUGGCCACUUUCCCCCCAUUCCCAGAUUCUGACAUGCAUUCCAUGGCUAAAGAAAUUCUCCUGCAAUGUAAUGAAGGUUCAGUCACCAUGUUUUAUGCUGUGUUUGGCUUUAUGGGGUUCUUGACUGCUGUCAGCUUCAUGGUGGCCUUCCUAGCUAGGAAUUUACCUGACAGCUUCAAUGAAGCCAAAUUUAUCACCUUCAGCAUGUUGGUCUUUUGCAGUGUUUGGGUGUCAUUUGUUCCAACCUAUCUAAGCACCAAAGGAAAGUACAUUGUGGCUGUAGAGAUCUUCUCCAUUUUGGCUUCAGCAGCUGGAUUACUUGGCUGUAUCUUUUACCCCAAAUGCUACAUUAUUAUUUUGAGACCUAAUUUGAACAAGAAAGAACAAUUAAUAAAGAGAUAA